UCAUAAUAAUUUAGUUUUUUCCAUAUUAUAAAUUUUCUUUUACGUUUUACGUUGUAUAUUAUAUUUUUUAUAUUAUAAUAUUUUAUUAACAUACAAUAUUUACAUCGGUACUUACUUCUUUCGGUUUAUGUUGUUAAUUCCGUCGUAGUGUUUUGUAGUACUGAGGUCGUCAUUUCAAGGAUCCUUCAUGUUCUUCAAAGAGUAUCGUCUUUAAAUGGUAGCGAGUGAUCUCCGCCCACAUCGAUGCAUCUUGAGAGAAGUAACGAGUGACGCGAGUCUUUUUGUGCUGAGUAAUGAAAACGUAGUUUAGUGUCACGAACGCAAAGUGAGUUUGGAUGGAACAAUGAAUGAGUCCCCAGGCGUGGAGUGGCUGCCGGCGUACAGUCCUGGCCCGCCACGCCACAGCCCGUUGGGGCCCAUCCCACGAUUCUUGUACGAGGGUGUACAACCGUUGGCCUUACAGCAGGAGAAUAACAACAAGGAGGCUGAUCAGAAAGAGAACACAAAUAAAAUAAAACAUGCCAAACCAGCGUACAGCUACGCCAGCAUGAUCCGCCUGGCUAUCAGCAGCUCACCGAAUGGCAAGAUGACCCUCAACGAGAUAUACAAUUACAUUUGCAAUGCAUUCCCAUAUUAUAAAGAAGUCGGGAAGGGAUGGAUGAAUUCAAUAAGACACAAUCUGUCCCUGAAUAAGUGCUUCAUGAAGGUGGCAAGAAGUAAAGACGACCCAGGCAAGGGGUCGUACUGGGCCAUAGACACCAGCUACAAAAUGGCUGAGGUGACGCCGCGCCGACGCAGGAGCCUCAGGAUGGCGCCGUACAGCCCGGAGUGCAGCUCCAACAGCUCCGGCGAGGCGGGCGGCGUACUGCCGCCGUCGGCCGACGCCGCGCCCACGCCGCCCGCCACGCCCACCACGCCCACCGCGCCCACCACGCCCGUCACGCCCACCACGCCCACCACGCCCACAGACCUCUACGCGGUCAAGGAGGAACCCGGCGUCAAGGAGGAACCAGAUUCAAGACACACGGACGACGCUCUGACAGCGCUAAUGAACGAAGAGUUAAUGACAGAUGUCGACAUUAGUACAGAACGUCUGUGGAGCGACGGCGGGCGGCGGCACGUGUGCCACGCGGCGCUGACGGACGACUACGGGAACUUCGUGGUGCAGCGCGUACACCAGUGCGAGUGCCCGCCCGCCCCGCCCGCGCCCUACUGGCCCGCGGAGAUAUUAUAA